AUUCAAGACAUUUAUUUUUACCAAUUUAGACCUUAAGAGUAAUGAAUUCUAUGCCUUUUAAGACUUUUUAAGGAUCCAAGGGAACCCUGUAAUAAAACAGCGCUAGCAGUUUCGUAAGUUAAGAAAAUUACAUCACUUUACUGUAAUGCAGCUUUUAAAACCAGGAAAAGACAACACCUAUGGUAUUACAAUUUCUAAAAUCUAAGACAAUAUCUAGUCUAAUAUCACAAUUUUGAUAUAAUGUCAAUAUGUUGCCCAGCCCUACAGUACAUCCACAGCCAAUCUUAAGGGCUAGUGCAGGAGGUAUUAAGUCUUUUGUGUAGCAAGGGAGUAGUAAGGGUGUGAAAGUUACGGUGGUGUAUAGCGUGUAACUUGGCAGACUUAAAUGCAGCAGAACAGAAAUGGUGCCCAGCACAUAACAUUUUUAUUAACUGUAACCAAAAUUUUUCCCAAACCUCAACCCUUUGUUUUAGUUUCCUAAUCCUAACCAUAUCUUAAUCACAGUUUAUUUGCCUCUCCUUAACCAUAUCACAGUUGUCAUGCAGAUUUUGAAAAAAGCCUUGUCUUUUUUUUGUGGCCACAUUUUUGAUGAACAUCGCUGUCAGCACAAAGCUCUGACUAUUAUAUUGUUUGCUGCAAGUGCUUCACAAUAAACGCCACCCUGUGUUCUGCCCAUUGAAUACAUUCAAUAUGACACAGCAGCAGAAGGAAAUGUUCAGUUUGUCUUAUUGGUGCUUUAAUACAGCUGCAGGAGAGUGAACAGUAAACAGCGAGGCUGUUAUCAAAGAGAUGAAAUUAGAAACAGUAACACUGGAUUACAUUCAUAAAUUAUUUCCUGUGAAUCCAUUAUGCAGUUUGAAACCAGCGAGGGAAUGAUGUAAUUACAGACUGUAUAUACAUUGAAUGGUUUUCGUUAAAAAAAAUGCCAACCAUAAAUAGCAUCAAAAAUGGAGAUUGAUUUCAUGACAAUCUGAAGGAUUAUAACUGAAACACAUAGCACGUCUCCUGUUACCUUAACCUUGACUCUGACAAACUGAAACCCAAAGUCUACAUCCAUACUGAGUUCUUACUGAGUUGUCCACUCCUCUUCAUAUUUCCCAUUUCCUGAGUUUAAACUGAUCCUCUUAAGUGCAAUCAGACACAGGGACAAGCAGGCGAACACACACUCGUGGAUACAAGCUCUUCUUGAUUUGCUCCAUUUUUUUUUUCUCAGUAGCUGACUGUCAACUGUCACUGGUUGCCCACAGGCCUCCAGCCCAUUUCAGAUAAUCCCACCACUCAAUAAUCAUCAUCAGCUCAGCAGGCCAGUUCAGUGAUUACACCAGUAGUGGAGGAAGAUGAGAAUAUUCUGGAGGCUAAUCUUCACUGACAGCCUCAUCAGCACAUCAGUCCCCCCAAACCAUCAGCUCAGCAGCCAUUUACUGUAAUGCGCCGAAAACGCAGGGUGCCAGAAUAUAUUUCAGAAUUUGUGAGUUACUAUUGGAUUAUCCUUGGGAACCAAAAAUGUUGGGGUUUGUUUGGUUAAAAAAAAUUUAAAUACAAGGAAGUCCACUGAGCACCUUUGGUUAGAAACAGUCACUUGGUCAUUCAGUUAUGAUACAUCCAUAGUCUUUGACUGAUGGUCACUUUAUAGUGGAGCUGCAGAUUUGGGGAAUUACUGUAGAUGCUUUCUUCAACAAACAUACUGAAAAAACAUAUCAAAGGUUUAUGUGGUGUUACAUAUGAAUGAGUUCAGUGUAAGAUGUUUGCAAUCGCUUGGUAAUGAACAUCUGACAAACCUACCUUUACCCUGCUAAAUUGAAAUGCACACAUAAACUGACAAACAAGUCAAUAUAAGACAAAAUAUAAACAUAAGCUGACUGCCAGAGAAAAGGCACAUUACUAAUACUGCUGCUACUACUAGCACGCAGCUCACCAAACAGUCCAGUGGAAUCUGGUCCACAUGGCAGUGUGCGUUCACUUCACUGCCCCCACCAGCUUUCUGACUGAAGCUCAUUGUGUCAAUAGUUUUGUCAAAAAUAUCCAUUUAUCGCUACAUAUCAUCUCUGAAUACUUGUAACAGUUUAAAUAUUCAUUUUCUGCAGUUCAAUACAAUCAAUACUACUUUCUUGCUGUCUCUUUCCUUCGACAGCGAGUUGACACACACAUUGCUGCCGUGCCCCCACAGCCCUGCCUCCUCUCACUCACUCACAGGGCUGUCUUCUCGUCACUUGUCUCAUUCGAUCCUGUUGUUUAUGGGCUUACCAAACAGUGUUUUGGUUUGGUUUGGUUUGGUUUGGUUUAUUAUAAUUGCACUUAACUGUAUUUUGAAUGUGUGACGAUCUCAGGGGCUUCUGAGCAUGUGCACUAUCGCAAGACAAAUAUUGUUUUCAUUACUGUAAAAAAAAGUUUUAAUUAUUGUUAAUGUUUACAACAGUCAUUCUGCUGUCCUCUGCUACCAACCAGGAAAAGAAAAGUCAUCAUCAUGUUCUAGCCUUGAGCCAGGCAGAGGCCCACUACAAGGGGAACCGUCAUGCUCGCAGGGUGAAGGGGAUCGAGACAUCCAAGACAGCUCGUCUCCAAGAUGGCGACAAGCAGCACCCUCCCCCUACUGCUUCGCCCUCCCCACCAGGCCCCUCGCCAUCUAGCCCUGAGCCUGAUCCUAAUAAGCAGGAUGACACCCAAUCCUGUCCCAACUCUAACAAAUCACCUUUGACCCCUAGCCGCCUUCCAACACCCACACUGAGCUCUGCAGAUGCAGAGUGUCCCCUCUUGCCUUCUGUUAGCACACCUUUGCCAUCCUCUCCCUCCCCCACUGCGGCCCUCAGUACCCCCCCUGCAGAUCCAGCAGCCGCUGGUCUUCCUGACACCCCGUCCCCGGCACCCAGCCCUUCUUCAGGAGAGUCAGAGGAAGAGAAAGCCAAGAAGCUUCUCUACUGUUCCCUGUGCAAAGUAGCAGUUAAUUCCCUCUCACAACUGGAGGCACAUAACAAAGGUACCAAACACAAAACCAUUCUGGAGGCUAGAAGUGGACUGGGACCCAUUAAAGCAUACCCACGUCUGGGUCCUAAACCCAGCCCAGAGCAGGGAGGGGAGCUGUCUUCUGACCCCAACACUCAGGAACGCACCUUCCACUGUGAGAUCUGCAACGUCAGAGUCAACUCUGAGCUGCAGCUGAAACAGCAUAUAUCUAGCCGUAGGCAUCGGGAUGGUGUUGCGGGAAAACCCAAUCCUCUUCUUAGUCGGCACAAGAAGCGCACAGACUUCAUGGAACUUCCAAAAACUCUGGGAGCUGGACUUUUACCAAAUCCUCUGGCUGUUGCCGCAGCGAUGGCAGCCGCAGCCUCCUCCAAUCAGCUGGCAUUACGUGCUCCUUGCCCGACCUCCCACCCUCAUCCCCAUCACCACCUCCUACAGGGAACACCCCUCAGCCUGCUGAGGCCCGCCCCAGGCCCCAUCCGCACCACACACGGGCCGAUCCUCUUCACUCCUUACUGACGGUGAGAGAAUGGGGACGAAUCAGGAAGAAGCACACUGUGAAGUGGAGGCCUGCAACCACGUGCCAUCAAGAGCCAGCUGGUGAGGCUCCAGCUGCUGUAUCAUUAGAAUAAGAACAGUGAACAUAAAUAUGACUCUUCAUGGUGCAUACUGUGGUUGCAGACCACUGCUGUUACGUUAACAGGGAGAACCAGAGUAACUGACGCCUCUCAGACAUUUCAAAGAGACUGUAUGUUUCCAUCCUCCCCAGUUUCCCUUCAUCAGUCAACUAUCUGCCAAUCAUCGAGUAGACUCCGCAGAUAGUUUCAAGAGGAACUUAUAAACAAGUUUCUAUCGAGCAUGGACUUCUUGAGCAUCCUCCAAACUGCAACUGACUGAUUAUCUUCAUCUAACAUAUGGUCCACUGUAUCUGACUCAAAACCCUACCUCUCUUAUGAUUUUAAUGUUCAUCUCUGCAAGAAUACAUUACAUAUCUAAAGCAUCAAUGUUAUCAAAAACACGCCCGCUGGGUUAGAUAUAGUAGUUGCCUCUGAUAUUAGCUGGUAUCAUAAUGUAGCUGUCACAGUAUAGUGGAUAUACCACUGUAAAGUUCUGUUUUUGUGGCCUAUAAAGAGAAAAAGGUAUGGACAAUUUCCGUACCAUUUCUGCAGUUACUGGCAAACAUUUCUCUGUACUGUAUGUCUACAUUUUCACAGCUGGCCUAAAUGGUCUAUAUUUACUUAUGUGGGACAGAAAGGGGAAGUCACAGCAAAAGGUAGACAUUUACAUUGAGUCUUAAAACUGAACUGAUGUGUACGUCACAUUAACGGUUUGGCAAAGAUUUACUUGUGAAGAAGGAAUCUGAACUGGUACACUAUGCAGCUAUAAGUGUUUAUUCUACCAGUGUGUGUAAAAUGCAGUAAGGUUGGAGAAAAAGGACACAACGUGAGGAAAAACCCAGGCUGUUAGUGUCUUUAGUGAAGGUCAAGAUGUACUGACUUCAGUUAAAUAGUUCCCAUGAUGAUGUUCUCCCUGAAUGGCCACUGACAACAGCCACUGUGCGUUAGUCCCACAAAGCACACAAGUAUAAAUCUGUGGUGAAAUGUCUCCAUUUAAAUGGCUUAAAUGCAUUUAAAAUUACGGUCUAUCUUUUUUUCUUUAAUCUGCACCUCACUGUGCACACAGAAAAGUUUUAGUGUCUUAAUUAAUAGUUUCAACACUGUGAGCACAGCAGGACAAUGAUUGAGUUAUGAAUUUAGUGGCAGGUCUUUGCAUUAUGUGCACAUUUAAAUAUCAGACAACAUUUUCAAACAGUCCCAUACAAGGGAGUGUGGAAGACAGUGGGAUGAAAGACACCAGCAAUAUGUUACAGAAGGAAAAGGACCACAUACACAGAUGAGUAGAUGUAUGCAAAAAACAACAUUUUUGGUAGUAUUAUAGGCUUGUAGUGGGAUAAAAAUGUUUAGUUUGUCUGCUCUGCCUCGUGUGCUCCGAACCCCACAUGGCCCCUGACUAUCCCUGUGAAACUGUCAUGAUGGCUUGUGAAACAUUAGAGGGAAGCUUUAGGAAACGGAAACUGUAGCAAUACUUUAAGCACUCCUGCUUACUUUUCUUGUUAACUGCAAUAAAAAAGACAAUGUCUACAAAUGUAUGAAUUGUUAUUUAGGAGAAGUGUAUUGAAACAUUACUGUAAAUGCAGAUUAUUUAAAAAUAAUGAGAAAGGGUACAUGUUGGGGCUUCCUCAUUGUUAAAUUAAAAUCAAAAUUAUAUAUAAAAUCAUUAAACUGAAUUUAUGGUUGUAAGCAAUGUUGAUUGGUGAUUUUUUCUUCUUCUUUUUUUCCAAAUGUA